AUGCCAAGUCGCGGUCGCGAUGGGCCCUGGAAGAGGAGGCAGCAGGCCUCCUCCUCCGCGCGCAGCUCGACGUCGUCAUACGAGGAUGCCUUCGACGACCCGGCCUUCUUCAUGCACCACAUCCUCAUCUCGGUGGCCUUCUCUCCUCUCGACUACAUCUUGCGGAUGCGAGAGUGGGGCCUUUCCGACCAUCAGAUCGACAAGACGCCGCUGCUCAUCUCGAGCUACCGCAUCGCCUCGCUCCUCGCUGGCACAUCCGAGGUGAGCGAGUGCAGCCUCGAAGAGCAGCGCUCUCACGCCGUCUCGUACUUCCUGCUCCUCACGCUGGCUCCGCCCCUCUUCAAUGGAGGCAGGGCCGUCGACCAACCCGCGCUGGCCGCGUACUUUGCUCGCGCGCGCUCGAUCACCGGCCUGCACCUGCUGAUACGAAGACGACUGCUCGAGCUCGACUCGCUCGGCGCGGAGCACUCGCGGGGCCACCGGCGAGAGCAGCGCCGCUCGCUCGCGCGCGGUGUCGGCGAGCUGCGCUUCGCCGCCCUCACCAUCCUCGCGGUCCUGUACACGCUCGGCACGGUGCUGCCGAUCGUCUUUGGCUCGGCGGCUGACGCCGGCCGCGCUCUCGGCCGGCGCUUCCACUCGAACGGGCCGUUUUCAUGGAUGGCGGGCGUGUAG